AUGAAUACUAAAUUCAAAAAGUCAAAAGCCCUUGGAAGUGGAUCAUUAGGAACUGUUUAUUUGGUUCAAAGAAUCUCUAACAAAUUAAACUAUGCAUUAAAAGAAUUCAACUAGAGCAAAUAUACAAUUAAUGAAGAAAUAGUUAUAGCUUUAGUAAAGCAGAUUCUUAAAGGACUAAAAUAUUGCCAUAAAAAUAAAAUCAAACACAAAGCUCUAAAACCUAGCAAUAUUUUGAUAAAUUCAAAAAAUAUUGUCAAGAUUGGAGAUAUUGGAUUUUCUAAAUUCAGCUUAAAUGAAUUACCAAUAAGCUAAGAUUAUUCUAGACUCUAUAUGGCUCCAGAGAUCUUAGAAGGAUAGUAAUACGAUUCUAGUGCUGAUAUUUGGGCUUUAGGCUGCAUUAUUUACGAAUUGAUAGAACUUUAAUAGCCAUUUGUAAAUUCAAUAGGUUCAAUCAAUUUCUAAAAAGACAUCGUUUCUGCUAAAUAGCCUAAUCCAAAAAGGUGUAGUAUGGUUACUAUCAUGCUUAUAAAGGCAAUGAUAGAGCCUGACAAAAAUAAAAGAAUUACUGCUUCUAAGGCACUUUAACUGCUAAAUGAAGAAGAACUAUAAUUACAAACUCCUUCAUCCAUGCCUAGCCAAUCGCUUAAUUGCUCUAUAGUUUAAAACUAGUCCGUUUUAAUUUAUUCUAAACCAUCUAAGCAAUCAAUUCCUUAAAAACUUAAAUAAAAAUCUCUUAGCAAUCUAGCAAGUGUAAAAUUUGAAGGAAAAGUAAGCUGCUUUUUUGAAAGGGAUCAGGGUAAAAUUGAAUUGAGAGCUGAUAAAAUAUCUAACGAAUUAGAUGGACCUUCAGGUUUAGUAAAAAUGGAACUAUGGGCUAUUCCUUAAGAUCCCACAAAAGAUAAUAAUUGGUAUAAAAGUGCAAAUGGGUAUAUACUUGCUAGAUACUAAUUUAAUUAGUCUCUAGAUACCAAUUAAUAUUUUCACAAUGUUCGAAAGAAAGUAGAUUAAUUAAAAAAGGGUAAAUAUGGAAAACCUCAUGUUCUUUCACUUAAACUAUAUACUUUAUCUAAAGAAAAAUGGAUUAGAACAGAUGCUAGAGUUUUUGAUGGGUAAAAAGUCUUUAAGAAAGGUUUGGAAUUUAUUGGUAAUACUGGCUUCCAAACGAAGAACAAUUAUAAAUAAGUUGAAUUUAAAAUAGAUAAAAUAUAAAAUAGUCAAAAUUUUACGAGUGGCACAAUCAGAAUUGUCUUGGCUGCGUGCGAGCUAAACUCAAGUCUCUAGAUAAAUGAUUAUGAAUAACUAAUGUUUUACGAAUUAGCAGAGUAUAGUUUUGGGUAAUUGGAAUAAAACUAAUGCAUUCAUAAUAUAAAAACAAAAGUUGAUUGUAAUUAUCUAGAAUCAGGAGAUUAUAUCUUAAUCAUGAAACUUUAGCAAAAUAUCAAAAAUGCUUUUGUGACUGAAGAUCAAAUAGUUUAUGAAACCAUUCAUUCAUUUUGA